UCAAGUCGAAGCCUUUAAAAGCAGAUGGCUGACGAUAUACCUCCUGAAUUGCGGAAUGCAUCAGGUCGCCGCAGCAGGCUUUUAUCAUCAAGAAGUAAGACACCUCGGGAACGUAUUCUUUCUGCGAGAGGUUAUACAGCUUUUCCCGUCGUCAUGGACAUAAAUCUUAAAGCAGGCGUCAGCUUUGAGACAUUAUACGAAGAAAAUCGCCGUGGCAUUGACGAUGCAAUUUCAGGUGCAGUGUUAAAUCCAUCUAGUGAUGAUCCUGUGGUAAAGCAAAUAUCAUGCAGCGAUAAAAAUCUUCGAGUGAAAAUGCUUUAUCGACUCGAUGAAAGCUUGUUAUCGUUCCACAACAAGUAUGAACAAACGCAAGCGAAGAUAAGAGGAGAGCUUAAAAAGUUUGGAAUUCAUGAGAUGAUCCAUUUUACCAUAGAGAAUCAAGGACAACUCGAACGAAAAAUGGAAGAAAUAAGAUUGGUCGAAAGAGCAUUAAUGAAAGGAGGUCGUGGCAUGUCUGGAAUGCAUAUCGAAGUACUUUACAGACAAUGGGAAGUUAUCACGAAGGAUCUUGAAGUGAAGAAAAUUCUUCCUUCACUUUUGUCCAGGGAGAUAAUCAGUGGUGAAGAUAUGAAUCUAAUAGAAAAUGAAGCUACUAGGAAAGACAAAAACAACGCACUUUUGAAAAUUCUGCAAAAGAAAGAUUCUGAUGCAUUCGAUGGCUUUGUUGAUAGCCUACGCAGAAGCCAGGAGUUUCUGGCUUUUGGCCUAUGGCAGGAAGAGAAAAAAGAAUACAAAAAAGAACAAAACGCGUUGAUUUCGAGAUUGAACAGUUGCUUAAAAGCUAGAAGUGACAUAUAUGACAUGAAAACUACACUGGAGAAAGAUUUUGAAGAGGAAACAGAAAAUAUGGAAAAAGAAACCAAUAAACUUAAAGAACGAGUUGAGGAUCUGGAGAAAGAGCUUGAUGAAAGAAAGACCAUCAUGGGAAAAGGUAAUGUGAACAGUUGCUCACCACAAGAUGAAUCAGUAGGGAAAACUGGGGGGAUUCCUGGUGAACAAGAAAAUGAACGAGAGAACCAAUCAGAACUUGUCGAAAUAUCAACGGUAAUCAGAGAGGGGUGUGAAAAGCUCCAAAACGAAGUUACAGAAAAAUGCAGUGCAAUUAUCGAAAUGAUUCUCCAUAAGAAAAACUGCCGAGGAAAAAAAGUACCCGAGAAGGUAAAACGACUUGAAGAAGAAUGCCAGGGUCUGCAUGAUGUAAUCAAAGAAAGAGAAGAUGAAACUAAAAAGUGCAAUCUAGAGUUAAAGGCGGUACUCGAAGAAAAAGCUGUACUUGUUGAGCGUUACUUAAAAACUCAGAAGGAAAAUGAUCUUCUCCAAAAGAAAUAUCAAAACCUUAAAGCUAAAUUUUGGGAAGAUAGAAAAGCGUUGGAAACUCUUUUUAGAGACGACCGUGAUAAAACAAAAAAGCACGCAAAUGAGUUGGCAGAACUAAAAGCUGCUAGUAGAAAAGCCCGAUUACACCGUCAAAAUCUCAAGGAAAUGCAACGGAAAGCGGAGGAAACUACUAAAGAAUGUUUCAAGGAAAAAGAAUCAUUAACAUCAGAAAUAAAACGCCUUCGCUCUCAACUGGAGAGUGAACUAAAGAAUCACAUAGUGACAACCGAAAAACUAAAAGAGGAAUUAAGAGAAGUUCGCAAGUUAAACGAGCAGGCUCAAAACAAACUGGAGCACAAGCAAAGCCUCAGAUCACCCUCUACAUUACCUGCUGUAGAUCACGAGGAAGGACAAAAAAAAAAACAAAAAACAAGAGGAAUAAGUAGUGCAAGACCACUAUUUUCUGGAAAAGUCUCGCAUUUUUUAAUUACAGCCAGAGGAAAUUGCAACUCAGUCAUAUGUUACGGUAUAAUUCAACCGACAGAAAACCCUACAAUCCUACGAACUUAACUACGUUAUUGGACGACGUGAAAUGUUCUUACUUAGGGGCAACUUCAACAGACAAUACAAUAAUUAGCCUCAAUAACUUACUUUAUUACACGACUCGGGCA